AUGACCGGGCUGUACCCGCGUAGCCUUAAGUCGCUGGCCGCAGCCUCGGACACACCACCGUUCACCAUCCUCCAGUUCAAUGUGCUCGCCGAUGGGUUGAGCGGCCUCCGCGACGACCACGGCGGCUUUACACUCGCACCGCCGGGGUCCUUGGCGUGGGCCCAUCGCCGGCAGCCUCUUCUCGAUGAGAUUCUGCGCUUUGCGCCCGACGUUGUGUGCUUGGAAGAAGUCGAUCACUUUCACGAUUGGUUCGAGCCGCAGCUCGCCGCGCAUGGCUACACAGGCCUCUUUGCGCCCAAGCCCGACUCGCCAUGUCUGCAAGUCAGCGACCAGCGCGAUGGCUGCGCCGUGUUGUCAACGCUC